CGCUUUUACAAUGAUAAUGAGAUAAUUAAUCUGUGUAUUGUUUUUAGAAAGCAGGAAAUCUCACAUAACAUUUAGAAAGAAAAACAAUCAUUUUGAACGAGGAAGAAAAUAUGUAUUAUUGAAUACAUGCGGUAUAAUCGUAGGUUUAAAGCAUUAGUGUAUGUUUAUUAUGGGUGAUAUUUAUACUGUAUCAUUUAUUUGGAUGUUAGUCUUUGAAUUUGCAGAUAUUUCAGGUGGAGAGAAUAUUUGCCCAAGAGAAAACAGCAUUACACAAUGUUGUGCUGGUUAUCGAACAAUCAAUGGUACCUGUACAGUGUGUGUUGGUUUUUAUGGGCAGAAUUGUGCACAUCCAUGUCCAGAUGACCAUUACGGUGAAAAAUGUGAGCUUCGCUGUAAUUGUUCCUUGGGUGAAAGUUGCAACCCUUACGUAGGAUGUCUCUCAGGUGAGACAGGUCUCUCAAGUGAGACAGGAAAAAGAAGUGCGACAGAUAAAGCAUAUGGGAAUAAAACAAUAGACAAGACAGUUUCUCAUCAAAGUGUCCCUAACUGUGUAACCCAAACUGUUAUCGUGUUUGUCCUUUCUGGUUCUAAUUUACUUCUCCUUGCGCUGUGUAUUGGGAUGACCUGCUGUUGGAGACGUUCAAAAAAGUCUAAAUUUUUGAACUCAGUUACAACCAAUAACUUAUAUGCUGGAGAAAAAGACAUCUGUUCUUCGGGUCACAAUUCCCAGUCGGAGCACAGAAACACUGUGUAUAAUACCUACAGCCAUAUACGCUUCAAGAAUGAGGAGCUGAUAAUUCACAAUCCAGAUGGUUAUAGCACGACAGUUUUACCCUAUGACACCGUACAGGAUGUGAAGAUAGAAUCCACUUAUAACGGGUUCUCCGAGGGGAGAGUGGUACAUGAGCAACCAGUUGGCGUCAUGGAUACAUUUCGUCCUGCGGUUGAUAAAAAAAUAUCUCCCGAAAUCUCUCAUCCUACAACACGACCCUACAGUUUAGCAAACCUGAACAGAGACGCUGCAGAAAGUUAACGUAGAACAGAACAGAUGGGCAGAAUAAGAGUACCAUAAACCGAUUCAGAAGUAUCGGAUACAUCAGAAAUUAUUGAAGUAAUUUAUUCCGUAACUUUUGAACAAGCCUGUUCUGUGAAUAAAGCAAUGUAAUGCAACCGGUACCAUCACCCCCUGAAACGAAAUAGAGGACUUAUGCUGCUGCUCAAGUCGCCAUUGUCAUAUUGCACCAUCUUGCAAUCACUAUUGCACCACCACGUCAUCUCUUCAUCAUAUCUUAUAUAACCUGAUAACAA